GCCAGAAAGAAAGAACAACGAAUGAAUGAUACAUAUGUUCCAGAUUCUCAAGACGCCAGAAAGAAAGAACAACGAAUGAAUGAUAUAUACGUUCCGGAUUCUCAAAACGUACACUCUACGAUCCAAAGAAAACUCAAUGAAGCCUAA